CCGGUGCCCGCGCCCCGCCCGCCGCUCCCAGGCUGCCCCGCGCGGGUCCAUGUCUCCGCUCACCGACCUCUACCAGCUCACCAUGGCCUACGGGCACUGGCGGGCCCGGCGCCACCGCGCCCCGGCCGCGGCCGAGCUCUUCUUCCGCCGCGGGCCCUUCGGCGGCUCCUUGGCGCUGGGCGCGGGCCUGGCCGAGGCUCUGCGCUGCCUGCGGGCCUUCCGCUUCUCCAACGCGGACGUCGCCUACCUGCGCUCCGUGCUGCCCAGCACCACCGAGGACGCCUUCUUCGAGUACCUGUCCACGCUGGACGCCUCCGAGGUGACCGUGUCGGCUGCACCGGAGGGCUCCGUCGUCUUCCCCAGGGUCCCGUUCCUGCAGGUGAAGGGGCCGCUGCUGGUGGUGCAGCUGCUGGAGACCAUGCUGCUGUGCUUGGUGAGCUACGCCAGCCUGGUGGCCACGAACGCUGCCCGCUUCCGCCUCCUCGCUGGUCCAGACGUGAAGCUCAUAGAGAUGGGGCUGCGCCGCGCUCAGGGGCCGGAUGGUGCCCUUUCAGCAUCCAAGUACUCCUACAUCGGGGGCUUUGACAGCACCAGCAAUGUCCUGGCGGGGAAGCUCUACGACAUCCCAGUGUGUGGCACCAUCGCCCAUUCCUUCAUCAUGUCCUUCACCUCGCUGGAGGAGGUGCAGCCCCGGGAGGUGCUGCCGCAGGCAGGAGGAGAGCCAGUGGAUCUCCUGGCCCUGGCCGUGUCCUGGCUGCAGCGGGUGUGUGAGCUGCUGCAGACCCCUCCUGAGAGGGCGAACCAGGGGGAACUGGCUGCGUUCGUGUCCUACGCCAUCACCUUCCCCAGUAACUUCCAGGGGCUGCUGGACACCUACUGCGUGAGGAGGAGUGGGUUGCCCAACUUCUGUGCGGUGGCGCUGGCGCUGCAGCAGUUGGGGUACCGCGCCAUUGGCGUGCGCCUGGACAGCGGGGACCUGGCCAAGCAGUCCAAGGAGAUCCGCCGGGUGCUGCGAGCCUGUGGAGCUCACUUCCAGGUGCCCUGGUUUGAGACCAUCCCCAUCGCUGUCAGCAACGACAUCAGUGAGCAGAGCCUGGAGGAGUUCAGCAGGGAGGGGAGUGAGAUAGACAUGAUCGGCAUCGGGGCCAACCUGGUGACGUGUCCCCUGCAGCCAUCCCUGGGCUGUGUCUACAAGCUGGUGGAGGUCAAUGGCUCCCCGUGCCUGAAGCUCACUGAAGAUGAGGAGAAGAUGACAAUCCCAGGGACUAAGAUGAUCUAUCGGCUCUCUGAUGCUGCUGGUCACCCCUUCAUGGACCUCAUGGCACUGGAGGAGGAGCCCUCACCCAGAGCAGGGCAGGAGCUGGUGGUCCGUGUCCUGGGGCAGCUUGGUGAGACCAGCAAGGUCGUGCCCGCCGCCGUGGAGCCCCUCCAUCGCACCUACUUCAGAGAUGGGCAGGUGUGUGAACCCCUGCCCAGCCUCACCGAGGUGAGGGCCCACGCUCAGGUGUCCCUCGGCCUCCUCAACCCUGCUCACCGCCGGCUCCGUGACCCACAGCCCUACCCGGUGGCUGUGACUGAGAAGCUGCACCAGCUCCUCACCACGCUGCAGCAGGCCAGCCAGUGAGGAGCUCCCUGCUCAUCCCCUGCUUGGGACCAGCUCUUCUUCAUGCUCUUUUGAAGGCCAAGUGACUACAUUGGGAAUCAAUGGCUUCAACAGCUGCGUGCUGCUCACCUGAAGACCCUGCAGGAAGUGGAAGAGCACCCAGAGAUGCCAAAGCUGGGAUGAGGCAGGUGGAGCUGGGAGAUCCUUCUGGAAGGGAUGGUCCUUCCCUGCCCACCCUGGUGACCCUGCACCUUCUCCCAUGAUGGUGCUGCCAACAUCAAUGCUCCUGCAAACCCUGUGCCUUCUGUUGUGGCAUUGCCCACCGUGCCUAACAGCAUGCCAGCUCUGCACCUUCAGUGGUGGCAGCUCACACUGAAGCUCCUCAGUGGCACUAGAAUCCAAGUCCUAAGUGCACAAGAAGGGAUCCUACCAUGGGAAUGUCCUCUGGGACAUCCCUGGCAGAUGCACUUUGCCCUUUCUCUUUAGGCUUUGGCUCUGUGGCCACAUUCCAUCUCUUCCCAUUUUACAUGGGGGUGGAGGUCACCUCCUGGUUGAUGCCAGCUCCAUGUUGGCACCUGCACUCUGCAACCUCAUGUUCCUUAAUCCCUGGAAUUAGCUUUAUUCUAUGCAAGAGAUUAAAUAAAAGCCUUUAGCCAACUACAAUCACCCCAUGGGGCUGUCCUGGUCCUUCCAACCACUUGUGGCCUUCAACUGGAAUGUAACAUCCUUCACUUCACUGUUUAUGACUGAAUAAAGGUGGCAUGAAAAGCA